AUGGAGCCGGCACCCGACCACUCACUCCAACCCUAUCUGCCUGCUUUCAGACGCAAAGACCCCAUCGAAAGCCCCCUGAGGGCGCGACACAAGAAGAGGACAGUGGGAGAACAGAAGGAGGCCAGGCCUCGCUUCUCAAGUCUCCAGCUUCCCGCGAACUGCUGGAACCCCGAUCACAGCCCGCAGCACCACAAGGAAAGGCAAGGGGGUGAUCCUCCUGACAAUCAAAGGACACGAUGCUUGAAGAGUAGUAAGAUUGCCAAGGAGCUGGCAAUAGUAAGAUUACCUGAGGAGCUGCUGAUGGGGUUGCCAGAGGCUACCAAAGGUCCUAUCCACAUGUUCCCUUCUAAACCUCUGCUCUCAGAGCCAAAGCCACUGGAAGCUGCUAUAUUUAAUCAGAAGGCCUUCUGUCCAGCCAUCAGCCACAACAUCCCCACUCCUGUCAAUAUUUCUUCAGGGCCUGGGUGUGACAUGCAGUUCUCCUCGAGCAGUGAGAUCUACCUGCAUUUCCAGGAGCACAGCUGUGAAGAACAGUAUUUGUGUCAGUUCUGUGAACAUGAAAUGAAUGAUGCAGAAGACUUGUAUAGCCAUAUGAUAAGUGAUCAUGCAUGUAAAUUAAUAGAACUAAGUGAUAAGUAUAACAGCGGAGAACAUGGACAAUACAGCCUCUUAAGCAAAAUUACCUUUGACAAAUGUAAGAACUUCCUAGACAACCCAUUCAUCAGCCAGGACCCAGAGGAACAUAGUAACAUCAAUAAACCCACCUUGACAAUGGAGCACCUGUGGCUCCCAGUUAUAUUCGUCAUAGAAUCAGGCCUUGGAAAAGCUGAAGGAAAGCCCAGUCUGCAAGAAAAAGCCCAGGCCACGAGCAUGAGUCUCCUGCCCAUUUUGCCACUUACUAUGGAGUUUGAUCAGACCCCAGAAGGCCUCUCUAUGUAUGUGACAAAUGAUAGUCACAUUAUAUAAAACAAGUCAAUGCAGGUGACCAGCAUCUGUAGCCUGGACAUCUUCUACUUCCCCUUUGACCAGCAGAACUGCACCCUUACCUUUGUGGCCAUCAGGUACAGCUAUCUGACCAUCAGCUGGUGGCUUAGAGAAUUUGUUCUGGGACUGGCCAUUUCACCUCUCGGUAGUGAAAGGCGAGUGACUCACCCUGGACAGAGAUUCAACCAGAGAUUUACUGGGCGGCUGCCCGAGGGGGAAGAAAAGGAAAGGAUGGGGCAGUACUUUCACCAUCAACUGCUCGGAGUGUGGCCAGCAUGGGGUGUGGAGAAAAAAGUGUGAGAAAGAAUAGACAAGUUCCAAGACAUUAUUCAGGUGCAGGGAGAAUGGGAGCUCCUGAGCAUCAAAAAGACUGCUCCAAUAACCGAGGGUGCCAAGCUGUAUGAUCAGAUCGUGUUCUAUGUGGCCAUCAGAUGCAGGCCCAGGCUCUAUGUGACAAACCUCCUGGUGCCCAGUGGCUUUCUGAUGGCCACUGAUGCCCUCAGUUUCUACCUGCCAGCAAAAAACCAGAAUCGUGCCCCAUUCAAGAUGACCCUUCUGCUGGGCUACAAGGUCUUCCUGCUCGUCUACUUUGCCCUGUGUCUGUCCCUGAUGGUGGCCAGUCUGCUGGAGACCAUCUUCAUCACCUAUCUCCUGCACCUCACCUCCACCCAGCCCCCACCUAUGCCUGGGUGGCUCCACUCCCUGCUGAGGCACUGCACCAGCCCAAGGAAGUGCUGCCCCCCUGGGGCCCAGAAGGAGAAGAAGGGUCUGGACCUCAGGCCCACCCACCUGCCUGGGGUGAAGGAGCCAGAAGACUUGGUGGAGAAGGUGUCAGGUACCAGGGAGGCGGAGCUAACUGGGUGCCCUGAAUCAGCAAGAGCCCAGCAGGAACUGGAGGCCCAGAAGCAGCACUUGGUGAAACUGUGGGUGGAAUUCAGCCAUCUACUGAUGGAUACCCUGCUCUUCCAUCUCUACCUGCUCUUUAUGGCCUCCUCCAUCCUCACGGUCAUUGCCCUCUGGAACACCUAG